GAUAAACUUAUUAAAUAGAUUUGACAUGGCUAUUUCUGAAGUUGAGCCUGAAAAUGUGGACAAUUCUGCAAAGAAGAUCAAGAAGAAGAAGCGUAAGUUGGCAGAAGAAGGUGGACAAGUAGACGAAAAUAUUGCUUUGCUGCAAAGAGAGCUGAGUUUCAUGAUUCCGCCUGACACUGACCCAGCAAAACUGAACACGAAAGACUGGCCACUUUUGUUGAAGAAUUAUGACACACUGAAUGUUCGAACAUCGCACUACACUCCACUGCCUAGUGGUUGUACGCCUCACAGACGCACACUGCAAGAGUACAUUAGAAGCGGCUUCAUCAACCUGGAUAAACCGGCCAAUCCAUCUUCCCACGAGGUGGUGGCCUGGAUAAAGCGCAUUCUUCGCGUGGACAAAACAGGGCACUCGGGGACCCUGGAUCCAAAGGUGACAGGAUGUCUGAUCGUAUGCAUUCAGAGAGCAACAAGACUGGUUAAGAGUCAGCAGAGUGCGGGAAAAGAGUACGUGGCGGUGCUGAAGUUGCAUGACGUUCUCUCUGACCAAAAGAAACUUACAAGGGCAAUUGAAACGUUGAAGGGGCCUUUGUUCCAACGACCCCCUCUGAUAGCGGCUGUGAAGCGACAGCUGAGAGUGCGCUCAGUGUACCAGUCCAAACUGCUGGAGUACAACCCAAAGUCACAGAUGGCAGUGAUCUGGUUCGACUGUGAGGCCGGCAGCUACAUCAGGACCCUAUGUGUCCACUUGGGUCUCCUUUGUGGCACUGGAGGCCACAUGGAGGAACUGAGAAGAGUGCGCAGCGGGUCACAAAAUGAAGUGAACGGUCAGUUGUUCACGCUACAUGACGUGCUGGAUGCGCAGUGGAGUAUAGACAACGAGGGUGACGAGAGCUACAUGCGGAGGGUGGUGCAGCCGCUGGAGGCACUCCUCACUGGCUACAAGCGCAUCGUCAUGAAAGACAGUGCUGUGAACGCAAUCUGCUACGGUGCCAAGAUCCUAUUGCCGGGUCUGUUGCGUUUCGAGGAUGGAAUCGAGAUCAAUGACCUAGUGGCCAUAAUGACCUCCAAGGGCGAGGCCAUAGCAUUGGGAGUGGCACUGAUGACCACAGCUAGCAUGAGCACCUGUGACCAUGGCGUAGUGGCUAAAAUCAAGCGGGUGGUAAUGGAGAGGGACGUCUACCCAAGACAGUGGGGUUUAGGGCCUGUGGCAGCAAGGAAGCAAAUGUUGGUGAAAGAAGGGUCGCUUGGAAAGUUCGGAAAAAUAUUGGAAAACACUCCUGACUCUUGGAAGAAGUUCUACGAAGAUUACAAUGCUGGCAAGAUCAAAUCGGAGCCUGGCAUUGUGGUGAAGGUGUCCAGGGGAGAAGCGGGGGCGGAGCAACUGAAAAGCAGGGCCAGCACAACAGCUGCCGCGCCAGAUUCAGAUGAACCACAGGCUAAGGCCCCUAAGAAGGCGAAAAAGAUAAAGACAGAGUUGCCCGAUCCAGAACAAGAAGAGCAGGAGUACGUGCCACAGUUCGAAGCGGCUCUGGACGAGUCAAUCAAGGAGAAGAAAAAGAAAAAGAAGCGAGAUAGAGAAGCAGUGGAAUGAAGAAGAAAUCUCGAAAAUAUACCAAAACUAUUAUAAUAGAAAACUGCCAGUAUUUAUAUGAAUUACUGUGAUAAUUUGUUUUAGUUGCUUCUUCCACUCGUUCUACCAUCUCAUGCGUUAGAGGUACUGGCUAAACUUACCGAGACAUAUAGGGUGCAACUGUUUGAACUUAAUAAACUAUAAGGUAAAAAAAUGAGUCUCUGUAUGAUAGAAAGCAACCUGAUUCAGUUCGAUAUCGUAAGAUUAUGGACUGCUAUCCAAACAAACCUUAAAAUAAAUGCAAUCAAAUUAAAAAUAUCGCGCCCGAUAUUUCUGGGCAAGUUGAGCCGAUAUACUUAAUCGGAAAUUGUGUGUUCAGCUCAGACGGUGACAUUAAAAUUGAUCUGUUUUCUUUGGAUUCAAAACUUUGAGUUUGAUCUUUGUUUUGACCUUGUUUAUCUGUUCGCUGUUCUAUGAAAUCUUCUGGCGACGUGUGGUAAAAACAUAUAAAUGACCCCUAUCUUUGUGCAGUUCUAUACGUGGCUAGGUAAUUUAUUGGAUCCCGUUAACAAUCCCCAUAUUACAAAAGCGAAUAACUCGUUGAUAGGUUUAGUAUUUGUACACAUAGGUACUGUUGGGUUAUUCAUUAUAGGGAAGGAUAUCGUUAACGAGGUCCAUUUAAUUCCGGAAGGAUAAAGUGGUUUUUAAGAUGUUGAUUACUUCUUUGUAAAUACGAUAUCUCGUCCAGUUCUAACCAUGCAAAAUGUUUUGUUUUGCCACAGUUGUCUAGUUGAUUCUGUCAAUCUGACAAUUUGUUCCUUUUUGGAAUUCAACUUGGUUCUUUGAGGACCUUGAA